UCUCCCACGGCAGACAUGGAGUCUGAGUCUGGGCAGAGCAAAGUCUGCGUCCACAGGAUGAUGAACGACGAUCACAUUGUUCGCUUCUACGGCCAACGCAAAGAAGGCAACAUUCAGUAUCUCUUCCUGGAGUACAUGAGCGGGGGAGAGCUCUUUGAUAGAAUUGAGCCUGAUAUUGGUAUGCCAGGUAUUGGUAUGCCAGGCAAGCAGGCCCAUCGGUACUUUGUUCAACUGAUGGCCGGCGUUGAGUAUUUACACAAGAAGGGUGUGACCCAUCGCGAUCUGAAGCCAGAAAACUUACUUCUGGAUGAUAACGAUAACCUAAAGAUCUCAGAUUUUGGUCUAGCCACGGUCUUCCGGCACCAGGGCAAAGAGCGUCUGAUGGCAAAGUGUUGCGGGACGCCUCCCUACGUCGCUCCAGAGGUCAUGAAGAAGGAGGAGUUUCCUGCCGAGCCGGCCGACGUCUGGUCCUGUGGGAUCAUUCUUGUGGCCAUGCUGGGCGGAGAACUGCCGUGGGAUGAACCGACGUACGAAUGUAAGGAGUUCCGUGAUUGGUUGGAUAAGAAGAUGCACCUGUCGCCAUGGAAGAAGAUCGAUCCCUUGCCAUUAGCAUUACUCCGGAAAAUCUUGACGGAGUCUCCUACCAAGCGCUGCACAAUAGCCACACUGAGGAAAGACAGAUGGUACAAUGGCAAAACUUGGCCUCACAGACCCCCAUCCAGUUCACCAACAAGUUCCGGUUCAUUCAAGCGUGUCUGCUCAGGCAAUGACCUUUCACCUACUUCAUCUAUCAGAAGAGAGAACUCGGCCACGUUCUCCAGCUCCCAGCCCAUACCGCACGCCGUCCAUGACAUGCCCACACCAGAAACCACCAAAGAAUCCGUGGAGAAGUUAAUCCUUGGUGUCAGCUUCUCACAGCCGGUCCACAUUGACUCCUUGCUGCUGAGUAGUCAGAUACAGUCAACGCCCGGUAGCUCACAGACACCUAUGCAGAGACUAGUUAAGCGCAUGACCAGGGUUUUCACCAAACUUAGCCCCGACGAAACCAUCAAGAAACUCACCGCCGUACUAGAGAAGAUGGGCUACAGCUGGAAAACGACAACAGCAAGACAGGUCACAAUCACAUCUCUGGAUCGACGAAAGAACCCGCUGAUCUUCAAAGCUCACCUACACGAGAUGGACGACAAAGUACUUGUAGACUUCAGACUAUCAAAGGGUGAUGGUAUCGAGUUCAAGCGACACUUCCUCAAGAUAAAAGGAAAACUGGCGCACAUCACCACCAAAGUACCCCUGCUCUCCCCUUUAAUCUGAAUGGUCUGAUCCAGGUGGGUCAGAGGUCACAACACUCAGCAUUUCCCGAUUGAGGGUAGCAGUAUUAAUACCAACUCUUCCAUUAAUUAUGCAGGUAGUUUUGUAUCUCUAUUUUUGUCAGGGUUUUAUGCGAUCAUGAGUUCCUAUGAUCAGCUUGUUCCACAAUCCACAGUGCCUGAAAAAAAAUCUCGCAAUCUUUAGAACUUCAGGAAUUGUGGCGUUUUACUCACGAUCAGGUGGUGAUUCAUUGUUAACGACGUCAACUUGUCGUCAAAUUUGGCAGGCAUGUUGUUUGAGAAACUUGAGUUAUUUCAGUUCAAACUUGGCACAGUUACACUGCAUGCGAAUCGCAUGGGUGCCACUGCCAAUUUACACGUGUCCAGAGAUAACCAAUUUUUUUUUUGGACAAUGCCUUCGGUUGCUUGACUGCCAAUUUGUGUGUUUGCUAAGUUUAGCAUGAUGAUAAAUCUCCAGAUACCUUUCAAUCUGCAUUUUUUCCCCGUCGUUUUCCUGAUUCAAGAUGAAUAAACCAACCAUUCUAUCAAAUUGAAUUUUCCAUGAUAGUCAACACACAAGCUUUGACAAGUUAGGAGGAGAGAAUUGACCAGAAAAUGUUGAUCAACUUACUUUCGUUUCAAUAAAUGAAUCAGAAGCAACAUUUAUAAUUAUGAUCCUGUAUUUUAAGGUUUACACUU